GAUUAAUCGAUUUCCGAUCGCCAUGCCUAGUUCAUGAAUUUUAGGUUAGAAAAUGAAUUUAAAGAUUAUUAUAAAAAAUAUAAGAUAACCUGUUAACUUGGUUCGAUAACGUUAAUUUAAUAUCGUAUAAAAAUGAGUAACAAAAAUAAAUUGGAAGAGUUAGCACUUAACCUAUUUAAAAUAGAUGCGGUAAAGUUUGGUGAUUUCAUGACUAAAAGCGGCAUAAAAACUCCCGUUUACUUCGACCUGAGGGUUAUUGUGAGCUAUCCGUAUGUAAUGGAGUUGAUAUCUGAUUUACUAUAUGAUUUUGUUUUAAAAGACAAAAAAUAUGAACACCUUUGUGGUGUGCCGUACACAGCUUUACCAAUUGCAACAUUACUUAGUGUUAAAGCAAAAAUAUCCAUGUUAAUGAGAAGAAAAGAAGCUAAGUCUUAUGGCACAAAGAAGGUAAUAGAAGGUCAUUAUAAGCAAGGCGACUCUUGUCUUAUUAUUGAAGAUGUUGUGACAUCUGGGUCAAGUGUGUUAGAGACAGUUAAUGACUUAAGAAAAGAAGGUCUUAAGGCAGAAGAAGCGAUAAUAAUCCUUGACAGAGAACAAGGUGGGAAGCAAAACUUGUCUACAAAUAAUGUUCAAAUGAAAUCUUUAUUUACUAUGACUGAAUUGAUAAACAUUCUUGUGAAGAACAGUAAAAUAACAGAACAAAUGGGAAAAGAUGUAAAAGAGUAUUUGAGCAAUGUUCAGGCUCCGAAAUCAGCCCCCGAAAUGGAAAGAGUUUUAUUGUCAUUUGAAAAACGAGCAGUACUGGCUAAAAAUGUAGUAGCUAAGCAAUUAUUUAAUAUAAUGGCUACAAAGAAGACCAAUCUGUGUCUGUCUGUUGAUCUUACAUCCUCUACAAAGAUAUUAGAUCUUCUAGAGAAGGUCGGAGAACAUGUCUGCUUAGUAAAGACACACAUAGAUAUUAUUGAAGACUAUACAAGUGACUUCAUUGUACGACUGAAGCAGCUGGCACAGACAUUUAAUUUUUUAAUCCUGGAAGAUAGAAAAUAUGCAGAUAUUGGUAAUACAGUUUCAUUGCAAUAUACCAAAGGUCUAUACAAAGUCGUAGAAUGGGCAGACAGUGUGACAUGCCACUCUUUACCUGGUGAAGGUAUCUUGAAGGCUCUCAAUAGUUCUACAAAUGUUAUCAGCGGUGGAGUAUUUUUGUUAGCCGAGAUGAGUUGUGAGGGCAAUCUUAUUACACCGGAUUAUACAGAAGCAACAGUAAAGAUGGCAGCCAAAUACCCCGAGCUUAUCACAGGAUUUGUCUGCCAGAAAAAGGAUUCUUUUAAAGACCCAGGUUUAAUCCAGCUAACUCCUGGUGUGCAGUUGGAAAGUUCAAAGGAUGAACUUGGUCAAGUCUACAAUACACCAGAAAAAGUUAUUUUGGAAAAUGGUGCUGAUAUUAUUGUCGUGGGCAGAGGUAUUGUGGCAGCCAAAAACCCAGAAUCUCAGGCUGCUAUUUAUAAAGAUACACUAUGGAGAUGUUAUACUAAACGGGUUUCUGGUAAAAUGGAAUGAGGAAUGUUACAAAGUAUAAAAAUAAAAUUGUGUUGUUAUAUUAAAAAAAAAAAAAAAAAAAACUGUUAAUUGGAAAGUUAAAAUCUUUGUAAUUUCAUGUAAUUGUAAGUUACUGGUUAUUUUUGUAUGGUAUUUUACAGUAAGGUAUUUUAAUAAGCUAUAUUUUUGAGGACCAAUAAUAAAUCUAUUUUAGUAAAUUUUUUGAAGACUU